AUGCAAUCCGGGAUCGUCGAGUUCGUCAUUGGUAAAAACCGAAGGCGGUUCUCAAUACACGCAGCAUUGGCUGGUGCUUUCCCGAAGGAGAUAUUUCAGCCUCCCAUCAAUGGGCAGAUCGAUGAAGUCGUCUUUGGUCGUUGCUGCGAAUUCGUAUAUUCUGGUGAUUACUCCGUUCCGUUGCCGACUGCCGAUUCGUGCGGGGACAAUGGCGAUAGCCAGGCGCUGUCUCGGGGAUCUGCCAGACGAUGGGAUCCUAUGAACCACCAAGAAAAUAUCUUCCAUCCCACGAAACUACCCGAUAUAUGUGCCUUCAUCAAGAAGAAGCUUGACAAGGCGCCCUUGAAUGAAGAUGAAGAAGUCCCGGACAACGAUCCAGCAGAUAAUUAUGCGGCCUUUUUUCUAAGCCACGCUGAAGUUUAUCGUUUCGCCUACACAACGGACUGGGAUCCGCUUUGCGCUCUGUCGCUCUAUCGGCUUAUUCGCUCGCUGGCCAGCUUUACCCUCUUUGAAGAACGAACUGGAGAUAUUGUCAAACUGCAGAAGUUUGUAUUUGAGGGAAAUGAAGACAUGGACGACAUGCGAGAUAUGUUGGUACAUUAUGCAGUGUGGAACGUGGAAAUACUUAUGCGGGACGCUGACUUUCGACAACUACUCGACCGAGUGCCUUCCUUGGAAAAGGCCAUUUUCCGCGCAAUGUGGACUGAAGAUAUGACUCUGUAUCGUUUUCGCUUUGUCAGUUACGGUUGA